GCGGGUCGGGCGGCCUUACUCACCGCCCUUAAUAAAUCUCGAUCACGUUGAGCUGCGUCCUUCGUAAUUCAGCUCAGCUGCAAGUGCAAGUGCAAGUGCAAGUGCAAGUGUUAAAACGUGAUUAAAGCACACUUCUUACACUCGUACUUAUUCCCUUUUAAAUUCAAUUUCUUUACUGGCCUCUGUAGCUCAUUUGAUUUGACCGCUGCACCAGAAUCUCAGGGCCGCAGGUUCGAUUCCUGACAGAGUGUCUAUAGUUGUAUUUUUCGUACCUGCUGCUGCUUAGGUCUAAUAAAUGUAUAAAAUUCACACUAGAAAUUUCCAUCUGCAAAACCCUUGUACAAUUGGUAAUAUUUUCAAAAUAGCAUAGCUGACGAACCUCUGGCCUUCAAACAUACCCUUAGAACCACCAGUUACGUGAAGUUAAUCAGUUAUAUUUAUAUAAUUACUGCAUAGUUUGAAAUAGUUUUCGUGAUUACUCUUCGUUCAAUUACGGACAACAAGAAUUAAUUAUAUAUAUAUAUAUAUAUAUAUAUAUAUAUAUAUAUAUAUAUAUAUAUAUAUAUAUAUAUAUAUAUAUAUAUAUAAUUAAUUAAUCAAUACCAAUAUACAUAGCAAUACCAAUAUAAUUAAUCAAUACCAAUAUACGAUAGAGCUUAAAUAAUUCUUUAAUCUUAAAAUAUAUUUGUCGCUACACUGUGUUUCACGCUUGCUACAACAAAACACUACAACAAAACAAGUUAUAUAUAUAUAUAUAUAUAUAUAUGUUUAUUUUGUUUCAUGUUCAGAUAUGGCUGAUGAUACGAAAAAAGUUGGUGUAGCUUUCUCAGGCGGUGGCAUCAGAUCUGCAGCACUUUGUUCUGGCGUCUUACGACGUUUGCUUGAAAAAUCUGUUUCUUUUGAUUAUCUAAGCUGUGUGUCCGGUGGAGGGUUUUGUGGGGCUUCUUAUUUGGAAUGGAAAUUUCGUCAUGAUGGGGUUGAUGAUGCAAAAUGGCAUGAAAAAUUCUUCGAAAAUAUGAGGAAACGUUGUGGAAUAAUAUGUGAUUGGGCGAAUCCGUUUCGAGGGAUAUUUGAUACAGUUAUUUUGAUAUUGCUCUUAUGUUUUGUGGUUGUUGUGAUCCCAGUGCUCAAUGUUGCAGCUCCAUGUUUACCCAUUGCAUUUGUUGUUGAUUUUUUGGUUGGUGAAAUCCUAAGACAAGGUUUUAUCUGCCCUGACUCAGAAACCAAAUCGUUUAACACAUCAAAAGAAAUUGAGAUGAAUCCAGAUUUAAAUAAAACUGUGAUGAAAGUUUCAAAUAUGACAGGGACUAACGAAUGUGUUCCGUUUACAAACGAAGGCAUGUACUUCACUUUUAUUUUGUUCACCUUUCUUCUACUUGCGACAGCUUUCUUCUACAUUCUCAAAUCCAUGCUUGAUCCCAAAGGAUUCUGCUACAAUAAAGUAAGGUUUUUAUUCUUCGCUUUCUUGAUCUCGUUUGCAUUUACUUUUACACCAUGGUUAAUAGAAGAAUAUAUAUCAGUGAUACCACGGCCAACAAGUGUUGGUUUGCUCGUCCUUGGUAUUUUUCUUUGGGUAUGGAUACCAUUUUUGAGAGAUAAAAUAUUUUGGGCAAUUCUAAUUUAUGCCUACAGUUACGUCAUUAAAUGGAGAGUGUAUAAGACAAAUAUGGUUGGAAUUGAAUAUCAUGAAUAUUCGUUUAAUGUCGCGUUGUGGUGUAGCGCCAUUUUGUUGUGGAUUGCACCAUAUAUCUAUGCAAUACAACGUGUUUCUGUGCAAACAUUUAACAGGUAAGAUACCGCAUACAAAACUCUUCAUGUGUAUGCAUGUAUGUUGCAAACGAGAGAAACGUUAUAAUAUAUAUUUACAAACCUAAGAAUACUAAACUUCAAAAAUUUGAUACAUUUGGCUAAUUUUUUCUACUUAUCCGGUUUGUUUUUAUCGGAUAAUGAAUAGCGCCAUUUAAACGAGAGAAAAAUAUGUCGCGCCUUAUUUAAGUCACGAAAGCCCUCGUAUAAAUGGUCAAUUUCUGUUAAGACGUGAUUUAUUUUGGACUAGCAUAAACCCCAGUCUGUUCUUAUUUUAGUCGCAACUUACAUGGGUCAUGAACAAAUCAGUUGACCAUUUAUACGAAUGUGUUUGUAACUUAAAUAAGACGCGUCUUAAUUAAGUCGCGACUUAUUUUCUCUCGUAUAAAUGGCGUUAUUGUGUGAGUGUGACAUACCUUGCCUGGAAAUAAGAAGAAAAAGAUUAUGAGCUGUAAAAUAUUUCCAGUGUUCUGGAACGUAAAAUAAUCAUAUGUUUACUAAAAAAAGUGUGUUUGUGAUAGUUACCCUUCAUCAGUCAGUGAACUCUAGUGUAGCUAGAGAUACAAGUCAUACAACUAUACCUGAAAAUUGAAAAAUGCCAGGAGAACGUCGACGUUUUUGAGCGAAAGUCCUUCCUGACGAAGGGCCUACGUUUGAAAUGUCGAAGUUCUCCUUGUAUUGUUUAGGUACUGCAUCCUUAUCAAUCCGAAACUUUCUCUUAUUUUUAAACAAUAAGUUGUCGAGAAUUAAACAAUAAGUUGUCCCGCAAUGGGGUCAUUUCGAUAAGGCACGAGCAGUUCUUCCAAAAGGUGCUUCAGAAUCUUGUAGCAUAGUGUUAACGGUUGUUUCAUUUUCCAGGUGGAAGUUGCAACGAGCAUUCUUUGAGCCAAGCAGGGUUGGAACAUGCGGCUGUUCUGGCAUCAAUUUAAUCGAUUGUUUCCCAAGCUUUUCCUGCUGCCAGUCACAGCUGAACAAUGCCUUAGAUAUGAGUGAUAUGCAAGACAUGAAACCAGAAUAUAUUUGUAACUUACUUGUUGGAAAUUGGGUUUUCGAUCCUUCCAAAGAAGAUCGUGCAAGUUAUUCUCUCUUGUCAGUAACACCAAACACCAUAGAGAGAAUUGAUUCGAAACCAGACACAUUUGAUGGCAGGUAAAGACAGGCAAUAUGUUAUAGAAGCCUUCAAGCCAUUUACAACAUUCGCCUCCCUGUUGCAUGGGUUAUACAAACUUUCGCCGUCGGCUCGAGUUUGUACACUACGACCGCUCAUGUUGUAUAUAGGAAUUAUAUACUACAGAAGAACUGGCAUGGACAAAUUGCAGUCUAAUAUAUUUCUAUUUGACAGAUUACACCCAGAAGAUCUUAAACUUUCUGAUAUGAUGGCAUCGUCUGCUGCAGUAUUAUCAAGUAACAUGGGAAUUUAUCAACUAAAUGUGGACACUAUACGAGACAUUCAGAUUAUUUUGGGUAUUAAUAUGGGGAGAUCUUUGGUUGCUAAGUCAUUCGAUAGUGAGAAUACGCCUGUGAGUUAUGUGCUCUCGAAUUGCGUAAGUUUUAAUUUGUUAUAUGGCUAGGAUGAACACCAAACGCGAUUGACUGAUUUGUGGUCACGUGACUUUAGAUACAUGUAAUCAUAGACAAUCAAAGGAAUUCCUUUGAUUGUCUAUGAUGUAAUGUAACCCACCGGGCAAAAAAAUGAAAAAUUGUUGGCCACCUCGAACGGCUACCUAGGUACAAAAAUAAACAAAAUGGCGGCACAACUAGCAAGUUUAUAAACUGGUACGAUUUUACAAGUUUGUGUUAAAAUAAAGAAUGUAAAAGAUAAGAAAAAUACACAACAGGCAACAUGAUAUGCGGCUGAAACCAUUUAACAGUUUUUUAAAAUUUUACACUGCUUUACACUAUAGAAUUUGUGUCAUGAAAUACAAGUUUUGUAUGAAUUUUAUUGAUUUUUUUCAUCGCUAUAUACUACAAAACUGUUCCCUCGGGAAUUAGUUAGUUUCUUUCCCCUCCAAUCUCAAUGCAUGUUUAACUCGACUUCGUCUGGACUUCGUCUCGUCUCAACAUUCAGAAUCUAUUAAAGGAGUCGACAACGUUGGCGCCGACUACCUCAGUAGUCACAAAUCUUUAGCUUUAAAAACCAAACGCUAAGGGAAGCUGUGUAGCUCUGCGGGGGGUGAAAAGGAUUAUUCGGACCCCUGGAAUUAUGGCUCAUAAAUUAUUAAAUUGCCUCCCCCAAAAUUUAAAUUGCCUCCCCCGAAAUAAAAUACUGACGACGCCACUUAGCCUGCGAACAGGCUCUCAAGCUGAAUUGAGAGCCUGCAUCGAUGACGAAUGAAUUUGAAUAUCUGCGUCUCAAAUCGUGACGCGAAAUUCUCAUUGGUCAGAUGCUAUAAUUUAUAUGUUUCCGCUGAGCUCUGUAUAUGUCAACUGCUGAAGCACUAUGCAUAAAAACACAUUAAAUGAUCAAAUUGGUUUGGCCAUCUUAUCUCAAAGAAUGAAAUGAUCUGAUUUGAGAAAACAGUAUUUAAAACAUUUGAACUUUUGCUUGAAUAUCUUAUAUUUGGAAAAACAGUAUAAACUGUACGAUCUAAAUUUAGUUUGCACGGUCUAAAUUUAGUUUGCACGAAAGUUGUAAACAACACCAUAUAAGGAUAGACAUUCCAUAUUUGGAAAAACGAACGUUACGGGGCAGAUUUUCAAAUUCAUUCGUCAUCGAUGCAGGCUCUCAAUUCAGCUUGAGAGCCUGUUUGCAGGCUAGGCGCCACUGAACUAUAAAGGUAUAAACAACGGAACGAGAAGUAACAUGAGCAGCGAUAGAACUGAUAGAAAAACAGCAAUAGCAGAAGCAGUGACAUAAAAUGGUAACCGUACAAGAGAGCAAAAAUAGCCUGAAAGGUUAGAACGAGUUCAUUAAAAGAACUAGACGUUAUUUUAUAUUAUUUAUAAAUGUUCUUGUCGUUUCACGCAAAUAACAUGCCCACAAAAACGUUGUUUUAACUCGUAACUUUAAUAGAAAGUAAAAGAAAAUGUAAACAACGGUUCCGGGCAAACCGUAGAUUUCUUACAUCCUUUAUAUCAUGCUAUAAAUCACAUUUUAAAGUCUUCGUAAAUAUAAAAUGUCUUCUUGUUCUGAGUAAAUAUUUCUAGACCUCGAGAACAGUCACGUGAUUUAAAGUUCGCGACGCACACGCGCGCACGCCACGCGAUAGCAGUUACAUUAUUUAUUGUCAUUAUUGAAUGAAGAAUAAUCAAUUGUUGAAGAAAGUUUUGUGAUUGGAACAAUUGUAUUUAUUUGUUGCAGAUAUUGCCUCUCGUGUUGCAAACUUUUAUCGUCACGCCAGUGUUAUUGCUAGCAGCUGCAGAGAGAAUGGGUUAUGACUACAUUUAUAAACACAUUCUUGUAGGACUGAUAUUAUUUACAGUCUCGUGUCUUUUUCUUGUGGCUUUGGCGCCAACUGGAAAGAAGAACUCUGGCGUUGUUGACAGAAUCAUCAGGUAACUGGCGUUGCAGUUAACUAGAUUAAUUAAAGCAGCUAGAUUCUAGUCAUUCAUACCUAAUUUUAGUUUUCAAUGAGAAAUCAAUUUGUGUAAUAAUAAAGUGAAAGUGUGCAGUGGUAACAUUUGUGAACUUCCUAAAUUUAUUUACAUCCACUUACUUAAAUGCCAUAUCGCCCCUAAACAAUUUAAUAGAAUUCAGCUUGAUUUAUUUCAUCUUCAGUUCCAUAUUAUGGUUAUAUUCAGUAACAUUUUCCCAGCGGUCUCCGGACUGGCAGACCCUCGGUAUGGAAUGUUCAGUGAUAAAAAGUUUAUAAAAUUAGAUUCUAGCCAUCCAGAAAACAUGAGUGGAGAAUUCUAAAUAACGUUUUGAGUAAAGGCCUUUAGUCAGAGAUUUCGUUGGGAGGGUAAAUACUAUUAACACCUUGGCCUAUAGUUCUUACAAUUUUGAAAGCUUUUUGUAUGAUACCUGAAACUUAGAACAAAUUAGAACGUUCCGUUUUGUCUGGAACAGAUCGCAAUAUAUAGUGGGCUGUGAAACGUGCUCAGCAUGGCUCCUGCAUUAAAAACUCAUCGCACGCCGAUGAGUGUGCAACAGCCUCCUCCACAGGCCCACAUGCCUUAAGGGAAGGUCUCACACCUUUUAGAGGGUCUGCAAAAUCUAGUAAUUAAACCAAAAUGGCGUCAUAUACUCUUGCUUUAAUGUAUUAUAUCGAAGCAUACGUGAACAUACGAAGAGUUUCAAAAACCUUUCGCGCCUGAUGUACUGUAUCUUCAAAUUUCUAAAUAUUCAAAUUUCUAUAGUCUAGAAUUUCUAGCAAUUGUAGGAGAGUUACUGAAUUAUCAUAUGACAACAAAAUUUUAUCCUUGAUACUUUUAUUAUAUUUACAUUUAUUUUGCCAUACACAAUGAUCAGUGCACCAAUAACCGUUUCAUAUAAAUAAGCGCCUGGUCUGGAAGUUUAAUUGCAGUUGCAUCCACCAUGCAGACACUCUCCACACUGGUACCCAACAAUGAAAAUUAUGACAAUUAUCAAUAUAUGAUAUUUCCAUUAAAAUAGAACAGGACUUAAUGUUUUCAUAUUUCUUUCCAGAUGGUGUAUACUGAACAUUCAGCAAGUUCGUCUUAUUCGUGAAAUCAGUGGAGUUAUAAACUACGGUCCAGUCCCUCCAUCAAUUCUCAACCUCAGUGACGGAGGACAUGUGGAGAACUUAGGAAUAUUACCAUUACUCAAGAGACGAUGUGAGAGGAUUUUAGUGGUGAAUGGGGGAUAUUGUUCUUCAGACGCAACAAUGGCAACGGACUUGAUUAUUGCUUUAAAUUUCGCCAGGAAAUGGCUUCGUUGUUCAUUCUCUGGCAGCAAUGGUCGAGAUAUUAUUGAAGAUAUACAAGACCACUACGUUAAUAAAGUACCCGGUAUACAACCUCGCACCUACAGUUUUAGAGUUGAAUAUUUUGCAAGGCCUUAUGGGAAUAUAAAUGACGUCAAAACAGGGGAAGGUGAAAUUCUUAUUUUAUCACCACGUCAUCCAUUCAAAGGAACUCCUCAUCAGUACCUCUCGACUUGGGAAGAAUAUAUCACUGAUACUGAACAAAAUCUUGAUCCUGAGUUGUGGGGGUCUGGACCUGACCUUACUGCAGAUGAAACAGACGGACUGACAUUUUGUUGUUGUGAAUGCUGUCAUACCUUAUCAUGUCGGACAUGUUCCGCCGCCUGCUUCGGCACAUUUCCGUUUCAUUUUACAAGUAAUCAAUUUUUUACACCCAAAAUGUUCAGUGCAUAUCAUAGAGAAGGAUAUAGAGCAAGUCUGGAUGGUGAAAUUGAAUGUUUUCUUGAUCCCAACUUAAAAUGGCCUCGAGAUAAUACGAUUGUAAUACAAAGACUGAAUGAAGUCGAAUGUAGAGAUAGUAGUAUUUCUACCAGUGACGUAGAUUAAAUUACGUCACCAUCUUUAGGUGAGAUGCUAGCUGAAUAUGUGCGCAAACACCUCAAUUUUCAGCAUAAGUGGACAAACCUGGAAAUUUUAUAAUUACAUUACAGUGAUAUAAUAUUGUUUUAUUAUGUGUUUUAUACUGUAUAUUUAUAUUUCUUUUCGUUUACCUGGUAGAUAAUUUUCAGGUACAAUAAAUAUUAUUACUAACAUCAAAUAUCAUCCGUAUAUAAGCCUCCCCCUGAAUAAGCGCAUAAAAAAAUGCUUAUGAACGAAUAUAAGCCCAGAGCUCGGAGGUUUAUGGCGUCUUCCCGCGGAAUGGAAGAAUUCAGACGUCACGCCUGUGUAUAAGAAAGAUGUAAAGGAACGUGCUAAAAAUUACAUACCCAUCUCUUUAUUGCCCAAAGUGAUGGAACGCUGUGUCUGCGAUCGAUUCUAUGCCCACGUAUCACACCUAAUUACUUUACUUCAGCACGGCUUCAUGCUCAAUCGUUCGUGUGUCACACAGCUUCUAUCAGUACUGCACUCCAUUGGAGAAUCGCUUGAUCGAAAAACAUCCAAACGGAUAUUCUUUACCUGGAUUUCGCUAAGGCUUUUGAUUGUAUGGAUCACGUCAUUCUCAUUGAGAAACUUAAAUGGUACAGUGUAACAGGUCAUCUGCUUGAUUGGUUUACUGAUUAUCUUAGGAACCGAUAUCAAAGGGUUGUGAUUGACGGCGUAGCUUCACAGUACCUACUAGUUACUUCUGGCGUACCCCAAGGAAGCAUCGUUGGUCCUCUGCUAUUUGUCAUUUUUAUCAAUGACCUACCUGAAUUUAUUCCGAAUCAGUCAAAAACCGCUCUCUUCGCAGAUGAUACCAAGUUAUACAGAUCGAUUUCAUUCAUAACUGACUGCGAAAGCCCGCAGCGUGACAUUUCUAGUUUAAAUGAUUGGAGUCAGAAUUCAAACAUGAAAUUUAACGCUUUAAAAUGUAAAGUUCUCACAAUCACACGUAAAAAAUCACCUGUAACAACGAAUUAUCAUUUGGGCGACGCAAAUCUACAACGUGUUGAACAAGAAAAAGACCUCGGCUUAUCCUGGGAUGCUCAUAUAUUUUCAGUUGUCAACAAAGCUAACAAGACGCUUGGUCUCUUGAAAAGGAAAUGUUUAACGUUCCCUUUUAGAACACAGCAAAAUAAGGCAAAACCCUAUAUCAUGCAUUUGUUAAGUCGCAACUGUGCUAUGCAACGGAGGUAUGGUCACCAGCUAAUGCUAAGCUACAGAUGGUAUUAGAAAGGAUUCAGAGGCGUGCAACCCGCUGGACCUGAAAACGAAUGUCGGAGAGAUGCCUUAUGAAGACAGGCUGACAACCCUAAACCAACUACCACUAGUUUAUGAUCGAGAACUUAGAGACCUUGUUUUGGUUAAAAAAUCUAUCUUCGAUCAGUUGUAUUGACUUGAACAUUUAACAGUUUAAAAAAUAAGCAGAAACUCGACGUUUCGAGCGAAGGCCCUUGGCUACUAACUCUUGACGAAGGGCCUUCGUUCGAAACGUCGAGUUUCUGCUUAUUUUUUAAGGUAGUAAUAUAACCACUCAGCACAGCAUUAAUCACAUUGGUACUACCAACACUGGUACAGAGAGUUUUAGUAUAUUUAACAGUUUGUAUCUUUUGUGCAACAUAGUUGUUCUCGCUCUCAAAAUCCAUCCCUUGUUUUGAAACCUUUGUACUGUAAAACAUCAACUUUUCAGGCUUCGUUCUUCAACCGAGUAGUUAAGCCUUGGAACUUUGUUUGUAAAAUAGCCUCCACAGAUAAAUUUGCCAAGUACUCAAUAUUGAUAAAGGAAAAAUUAAAAUCUGAUUUUUGCACAAAAACACACUUUGUAAAACAUUUAUGUUUUACCAUGGAUUAUUAAUAGACAUAGACUAGAUGGGAAACUUGCUGGCGUCAGCAAGCUUUGUGUGAGAUCGAUUUGAUCUUGAUAUUUCUCGUAUCCUAAUCUAGACUACCUACAAUCUUGGAAGAAAUAUUUGUAGACUUUUCAAAACGUCUGACCAAAUUUCAUAAUACGUAAGAAAAAUAGGACAGUUUUCUUGAUUCCAACCUGCUAAUUGCCCUUAACAUCCCCCCUCCCCAGAACAAUGUUGUUUCAGCUAAUGUCGAUUUGCAAGGGAUAUGGCCUGAUCACCAACAUUGUGAAAAGGGGAGGGGGGAAAUAAUGGUAAAAUAAAGAAAGUCUACUAUUUUUUUAGAGGAUUGUCUGAAAAGAGAAAGCGAUUAAAUUAAUAAGUUUGUGAGCUGAAAAUUAUUAGAAUUAUUAGAAUUCUAAAAGGUAGAGUUUUGGCGGAGACUACGGUAAACGUUUCUCUGAUGACGAGGGGGGUAUAUAGAGGAGGGAGGGAGCGAAAAAUGUCCAUUUUGCAUAUGAUAUUCUUUCAUGCGGUUUGUGUUGUAUUGAAUUAAGGUAAUUUUUGGAUUCGAUCGUUUUUAAAGUCUACAGUUUGCGAUAUUUGAACAAUAUAUUACAGUGGCUUAAAAUUGUAGCAUUUUUAAAUUUCAGAUGAUUAAAAAAUCUCGCCAAAAAGUCGCUUUGGAACAUUCCGCCCAAAUUGGAGCUGCAUACCUACUGUCAAAAACUCGUGGGUUAAGUCUUUUGAACUGUUUCCUCAGUACUAAUUUAAAGCUGCUUUAUAUAAACACGCCAAUAAACCUCUAAAAGACAGCAAAAUAAAAGGAGGCCGACAAAGUUAUCUUUUUAGGACAAGCGAAAUAUAGUGUACUCUCGUUAUAAAGGCCUCCGAGAGAAAGAAGGUUCCUUUACAUCCAAGUAUAUUAAGCUAGACAGUGGUGUAAACCAUGUGACCAGUGGAACUGUCCGUAAUCACAGGGUUACUGGCAUUUGCAGGCACGAAAAUAGGGCUUCUUCACGCCAAAGAUUAAAAAUCCAGGGCCAAGUUUUGCAGGACGAUUAGAAAGCAACAAGUAGGCGACGAAUUUUGGAGAACUGGUAUAUCUUUAUUUCCACGGGAAAGGAUUUCAGCACAAAAAUAUAGCCGUCUGUGUUAAUACGUAUAGGUUAGCUUAUUUCACCCACGAGAACAAGCUCAGCAAAGCAUUUUGAGAAGGGUGCUAGAACCUUCUGCUCGUUUCCCGGGAUGCUAUGGAAAAAUGUGAACGUUUUCCAUCAUGAAGUACAUCUCGAUGCCAUCAUCGCAUCUUCGCUUUCAUAUUGUGAGUCGUAACUGCCUCUGUAUUUGAUGAUACUCUUGGAAGUAGUAAAUGCAGGAGUGUCCUUUUCAAUGCGUACAUCUGUGCUAAAAUGACUCUUAGGUGUUGGAAGUUUUACUAGAUCUCCUUCCGAUAGCAGCAAAAAGCUUUUCCAUUCGAUUAGCUCCUUGCUCUAUCGAAACUCAUUCAAAAAAAUAAUCUCUACAUUGUCGACGCCAACCCAGGCGUACUUGUCCGCUGCUGGGUUUGAAGAUAUGCAGUGAAUAUCAACUCUGUAAUGGCUUGAGUAUGAAGGUAUUGCCACAGUUCGUUGGGCCAACUAUUAUGUUUCUGUACGUCCCUCUCCCUAACAAUAUCAGCUCUCUCACGGUAGCAGCAAAUAUUAUCGGAUGAACUUUAUUAUUAUUUCCUGCCUUUCGUAUCAAGUCUAUACGUGACGCUUUCUUCUCGUUCUAGAGUCGAAGGGGCCCCUUCAUCUUUCAUGUUUGGUGGAUAAGGUCGUUAAGACAAUUCGUAUUUUUUCCCCUUUCCUUUAUCCAUUAUCCAGUUUCAGACUUGAUUCCUUUGUCGACAAGAAAAUGAGCUACGUCUAACUUGAACAGCUUUUUCUUUUCUUUUCAAACUUGUCAUACCAGGGACGUGCUGAGGUCUUAAAAAGGACAACAAACAUGAAACAUUUCAGUCGCUAAUUUUCCGGACAUACAAUUUUUCAGUAACUUUCGAAUUAAUGUACCGUAAUUGGUUAAAUUUUUCGGUAAUAUUUUCGUAAAUUUAGAUUUUUGAAGUAUAAAUUGUAAUAUCUGAUAUUUAAUUCUGAUUUUCAAAAUUAAAAUCUAUAUUGUUUUAUCUUUCCCAAUGUUUUAAUUUUAGGGGCCCAUCAUGGCAGGGGCCCACAACAAGUUCUCGUCGGCUCGGUCCUAGCCAGCACAUCCUUGUGUCGAACAUUCGCCAGUAUUCUCCGCUGUUGACUCGCUCAUCUUGUCACCUCGCCGUUUUCGGUAAAAUUGCUGUCAUCACUUUGUUUUGGGGGAACUAACCUCAUACAAAUUUGGGUUGCCUGUGCUGUGAUAAACCUCGUUGUCAUAUUUCUUGAUGUACUGAUACGCAGUAUGAUAGCCAUCGUGAUCAUUUUCAUCAGAAUUAUAUUGUAUUCCGCUUCAAGAGAGCUUCGAGCCAUCUUUUUGGCCCAGCGAGUUUCAACGCUACGUGGUAGUGAUAACCACCAUCUUUGUGUGUUUCUAAGCAGCAGGCCCAGUGUUGUGGAACGACGUUUCCGCGUUUUGACAUUGUUAAAGGGGGGGGGGGGAACUAAUGGUAAAAAUCACUCUCUUUGAAUAGAGGCGGUCUAUCAACAGUGCACCCACUAGCUUUUGAAUUUUUUUGUACUCUAAAAACGUCCAUUUGAACCAUUUUUUGACCAACUUUAACUAACUUUAGGAGCAGUACAGGAUAUUGGACGGUGAGUUUCUCGGACAAAUGGUUGUUGACAAAUAUACUCCAGCAUUGCUGGAAAUUUGGCCUUAUUCUUCUCGAAGUACUUAGUCAAGAGGACAGUAUCUUACUCCUUAGAUUGUAUAAUG